GUAACAGAGGGAAUAUAAAAAUAAAUAAAAAAAGAAAUAUAAUUCUUUUUCCCUCUCUACAGUUAGCAUGCUUUUUUUUCUUUCCUUGUUAUAUUCCAUUCUCCUUCUUAUUUGUUAGCCAUUCUUUUCUCAAAUCCCUUGUUCCCACACUACACACCCCUAAUCAAAUCUGAAAAAUGGAGUCCCAAAACAGCAACAUUUGUAAUAACAGAUCGGCUCUAAUCUUCCUUGGGACAGGAUGCUCGAGCGCCGUCCCCAACGUCAGGUGCCUCCUCCAGCCAUCAGAUCCUCCUUGCUCCGUUUGCUCUCAGGCCCUCUCCGUCCCUCCCAACCAAAACCCCAACUACAGAUGCAAUACAUCACUCGUUAUAGAUCACUACAGUGAGAGUGAUAAUGCACACAGCUAUAUUUUGAUAGAUGUGGGUAAGACAUUCAGGGAGCAAGUCCUUAGGUGGUUUACUCUCCACAACAUUCCUCGUAUUGAUUCUAUCAUUUUGACUCAUGAACAUGCUGAUGCAGUUCUUGGUCUUGAUGAUAUACGUGCUGUGCAACCAUAUAGCCCGAUAAAUGACAUUGAUCCCACUCCCAUCUACCUAAGUCACCAUGCAAUGGAUAGCAUUGCAGAGAAAUUCCCUUACUUGGUACAGAAACAAUUGAAGCCAGGCCAGGAAAUAAGACGAGUAGCACAGCUGGACUGGCAUAUAAUUGAGGAAGACCAUCAAAGACCAUUUGUUGCAUCAGGCAUACAGUUUGUUCCUUUGCCAGUGAUGCAUGGAGAAGAUUAUAUUUCUCUGGGGUUUCUCUUUGGUGAAAAAUGUAGAGUAGCUUAUAUAUCUGAUGUUUCACGCAUUCCAUCUAGCACAGAGCAUGUAAUUUCAAAAGCUAGUGCAGGGCAAUUGGAUAUUCUGAUCCUGGACACUUUAUACAAGAAUGGGUCUCAUAAUACACACUUUUGCCUCCCUCAGACUCUUGAGACAGUGAAGAGAUUAUGCCCAAAGCGAGCUCUUUUAAUUGGAAUGACCCAUGAAUUUGAUCAUUACAAGGACAAUGACUUUCUAACGGAAUGGUCUCAAAGGGAAGGAAUACCAGUGCAGCUGGCGCGCGAUGGUCUGAGAAUUCCUGUAGAACUAUCUUAAGCGUUUCAGGGGAGGAAUGAUCUCGAUGCCUAUUUAGGUGAGAGAAAAAGAUUAAGUUGAUCUUUGAUUGCCACCAAUAUUUGAAGGAGAAAAAAGGUAAAGCUUGUUGUUAUUGAAUUUACUGAUUAUGCGAUAAUUUGGUGUGAUAAACUUGUUUUAAAUAGGAGGAGAAACCAUAAGAAUCAUAUUGCCACUUCGUAAUGCAAGAGCAUCUUUUAAUGGUUCUAUUGAUGUUUGGAUACUUGAGUUUGGGUUGACAAUGCAAAUGGGUGAAGUUUUUGCUACUGUUUAUAGUUAACCCAUGAACCAAAUUCGAGCCUGAAUUUGUUUGUAUUUAUUGCUUGGUAAAAUAAUCUUAUCCAGCGUGGUUUUCUAGUUCAGAAUGUGGUCGUUCUAGAUUGUCCUUCCAUGCUACAUUGAAGUUUUCUACAAGAAGUUAUAUCUAUUUUUCUAAGUGUUUGUUUGUGUCUUUUAGAGUUAAAAACAUGUGAUAAUUAUUAUUUGUCUAGUUUUCUAACAAUCAUAUUUUUAGGUCUCAAUUAUGUUAUUUUUUUACAAGAAGUUAUGUCUAUUUUUUAAGCAUUCUAAGUGUUUGUUUAUGUUUUUUAUGAGUUAAAAACGUGUGAUAAUUAUUACUUGUCUAGUUAGUAUUUGUCUAGUUUUCUGACAAUCAUUUUUUUGGGUCUUAAUUAUGUUGUUUUGGUGUUAACCUAGACUUGAAGAGUGUUCCAUGUAAAUAAUAUUGAAUCAGAUUAUGUAUUUAGAUCUUUUGGCAAAAUUUGAAUUGAGUCUUUGACAUGUCCUUUUGACAAUCUAUCAAAGUUAUGGAUAUCCUUUGUGAGUGGUGGACAUAUACCUUAAAUUUGUAUCUCUAAAGUAAUGAGUGAUUUGUAUUUUUAGAAUGAUAGUUUAUUCAUUUCUGUA